AUGAAAAUCAAGUCUGUACGUCCCAGAAUCAUCUUCAAGUGUCCAUUCACUGCCGUCGUUCUGGCUCUUGCGGCUGUCGCCGCUUCUGGUCCCUCACAGCCCGCCUACAGCUACACCCCUGAACCGAAAUACGAGUGUAGUGUACCCUUUGUAUCAGUGUACGCCAUAAAGAGUGAAGUCAACAAGGACUCUACCAAGUACGACUUUAACUAUGCUGUUAAGGACGAAUAUUCCGGCAACAACUUCGGUCACCAGGAGAACCGCGACGGUUACAACACACAAGGAUCCUACUACGCCCUCCUUCCCGACGGUCGUCUGCAGAAGGUCAUCUACACUGUCAACGGCGACUCCGGUUACGUAGUUGAAGUCAGCUACGAGGGUGAGGCCCAGUACCCUGUGUACAAGCCUGCUCCUGCAUACAAACCAACCCCUGCUUACGCCUAA